AUGACAGACAUUUUCUUCCUGCAGUGCAUUGGCUGUGUUUCACCAAACUAUAUGGCAGACCAAGGUGACCUUAAUGAGAGGAUGAAGGCUAUACUAGUCGACUGGCUUAUUGAGGUGCAUGACAAAUUCGACCUCAUGCAAGAGACAUUGUUUCUUACAAUUAAUCUCAUAGACAGAUUCUUGGCAAAGCAAAACAUCGUAUGA